GUUGCUGGGUCAUGUAGUCCACGUCAUGUAGUCCAAGACUAGGCCGAGGUCUCCGGGAAAAGGAAGUGAGAACAAUGCGAACACAGCGAACUUAGAGAAUGUCUCUCGAGCGGAGUAGGCGAAGAAGGUGUGUUGGGGGAGCCGCGGGGGAGGAGGCAUUAGGCGGAAGUGACGGUCUCCAGGUUCAGGGCGGAAGUUCCCUGCCCCACCCGUAAGAAUCGAGGUUUGACUGAGGCAAGCGAGGAUCCUGCCCGGACUCCCGUUGUCCCCGGCUCCUCCUCCCGUCGUUGCCUGCGUGAUUCCUGGGACUCAGAUGGACCAUACAUCCCCGACCUACAUGCUUGCUAACUUAACACACUUACAUUCUGAACAACUUCUGCAGGGUCUGAAUCUUCUUCGUCAACAUCAUGAACUCUGUGACAUCAUUCUUCGAGUAGGUGAUGUUAAAAUUCAUGCUCACAAAGUGGUACUUGCCAGCAUCAGCCCAUAUUUCAAAGCUAUGUUUACUGGAAAUCUUUCUGAAAAAGAGAACAGUGAGGUUGAGUUUCAGUGCAUUGAUGAAACUGCUCUCCAGGCUAUUGUGGAAUAUGCCUACACAGGAACUAUUUUUAUUUCACAGGACACGGUAGAAUCUCUCCUUCCAGCAGCAAACCUACUCCAGAUAAAACUUGUCCUGAAAGAAUGUUGUGCAUUUCUUGAAAGCCAACUUGAUCCUGGUAAUUGUAUUGGAAUUUCUCGUUUUGCAGAGACGUAUGGUUGUCAUGACCUUUAUUUGGCAGCCACUAAAUAUAUAUGCCAGAAUUUUGAAGCUGUUUGCCAGACUGAAGAGUUUUUUGAGCUUACACAUGCUGAUUUGGAUGAAAUUGUUUCCAAUGACUGUUUGAAUGUAGCUACCGAAGAGACUGUUUUUUAUGCACUUGAAUCUUGGAUCAAUUAUGAUGUACAAGAACGCCAGAAAUACUUAGCACAGCUACUUAACAGUGUGCGAUUACCAUUGCUAAGUGUUAAGUUUCUCACUAGAUUAUAUGAAGCAAAUCAUCUUAUUCGUGAUGACCGUACUUGUAAACAUCUUUUGAAUGAAGCCCUAAAGUACCACUUUAUGCCUGAACAUAGACUCUCCCAUCAGACAGUCUUGAUGACACGACCGCGCUGUGCUCCCAAAGUACUGUGUGCAGUAGGAGGAAAGUCUGGACUGUUUGCCACUUUGGAUAGUGUGGAGAUGUACUUUCCUCAGAAUGACUCUUGGAUUGGUUUGGCACCCCUAAACAUGCCUCGCUAUGAAUUUGGAAUAUGCGUUUUAGACCAAAAAGUGUAUGUUAUAGGUGGUAUUGAAACUGAUGUGCGUCCUGAUUUCACUAUCAGAAAUCAUGAAAAUUCAGUAGAAUGCUGGAAUCCUGAUACAAAUACCUGGACUUCUCUCGAGAGAAUGAAUGAGCACCGAAGUACCCUUGGAGUAGUAGUACUUGCAGGAGAACUUUACGCCCUCGGUGGCUAUGAUGGACAGUCUUAUUUACAGUCUGUAGAGAAGUAUAUUCCCAAAUUAAGAAAAUGGGAACCUGUGGCACCAAUGACUACAACACGGAGUUGUUUUGCUGCAGCUGUGCUGGAUGGAAUGAUAUAUGCCAUUGGUGGUUAUGGUCCCGCCCACAUGAACAGUGUGGAGCGUUAUGAUCCAAGUAAGGACUCCUGGGAGAUGGUUGCAUCUAUGGCAGAUAAAAGGAUCCACUUUGGUGUGGGUGUCAUGCUGGGCUUUAUUUUUGUGGUAGGUGGACAUAACGGUGUCUCACAUUUGUCAAGCAUUGAAAGAUAUGACCCUCAUCAAAAUCAGUGGACUGUGUGUAGACCAAUGAAAGAACCCAGAACAGGAGUUGGUGCUGCAGUAAUCGAUAACUACCUUUAUGUGGUCGGUGGUCACUCAGGGUCUUCCUAUCUGAACACCGUGCAGAAAUAUGACCCUAUCUCAGAUACAUGGCUGGAUUCAGCUGGCAUGAUAUACUGUCGCUGCAAUUUUGGGUUAACUGCACUUUGACAAGUGUGGACUCAUGGAAAUAGUGAGGUGAAGAACUUCGUGCCGCAUGAAAGGAUGCCCAAUUUUCUGAAACCCCAAAGCUGCAUUGCUUUGUUUUUAACUUGAAAUGUCAUGAAGACUCAACAUUUUGUUGGGUACUUUGAACUGACAAGUAGCUUUGGUUGCUCUUGAUUACACAGUGAAUCAAUAAUCAAAAAAAAAAGGGAAGAUCUUGCCAAUUGAAUUGUGCACUUUUUCCUCUAAUACUGGCAUAAAGUAGUUUCUUUUAGUGUUAUUUAUUGAUUUUAGAGAAAGAGGAAGGGAGAGGAAUAGAAAUAGAAAUAUCGAUUGGCUGCCUCCUGCAUGCCCUGCACUGGGGAUUGAGCCUGACACCCAAGCAUGUGCCCUGACCAGGAAUUGAACCAGUGACCUCCUGGUUAAUGGAUUGAUGCUCAACCACUGAGCCACACCAGCUGGGCUGACAUAAAGUAGUUUUAUGUUCAUAAGUGUACAUGUGAAAAACUUGCUUUUUAAAAAAAUUUUUAGCUCUCUUCCUCCUUAAUAUGCACCAUGAUUACUAGGAUGAAUGAUGUUUAGAUGCUGGAGUGUAGUGAAUGUCUGGACAGAGUGCUGAUACUGUCUUUUGGAUAUAAGUUCAUAUGCUUCACAUUUUAAAUAAAGGGCUGCUUUUUUUUGGUACUUUUAAGGGGUAUAAAUUAUAUGCUCUAGCGAAUCACCUGGACAUUCUUCCUGCUAAAUGGCUUUAGGGCUGGGGCUGUAAUAACUUUGCAAGACAAAUGUUUUUACUAUCAUGAUAUUUGGGGGCCUGUUAAAAGAUAUUUACUGUUUAUAUCUUUUUUACGUGGACAGGUUAAUGCUGGAAGAAUUUACUUAUCCAGUUCUGCUAUGCUAAGCAUGGAUAGAGUUAAGCACAUCAGUUUAUUUUUU